CACGCGCACUGGGAAGCAUUCCAAAACGCGCGUGCGUACGUACGUAAAUCUUCAUCUUUUCCUCCUCGCAGCGUGUCGCUCCUUCCGUCCAGCGCCGUCACAAUGAUCUGCCUGCUUCUGUCCAUAUUUUCAUACGUCUUCCAGUCAGGCUGCUCCGGUGUGAAUGAGCGCACCUUUGUCGCCGUGAAGCCGGAUGGCGUGCAGCGGAAACUGGUGGGAGAAAUCCUGCGGCGCUUUGAGAAGAAAGGGUUCAAACUGGUCGGCCUCAAGCUGGUGCAGGCAUCUGAGGAUCUACUGAGGGAACACUACUGGGACCUGAGGAGCAAGCCUUUCUUCCGGGAUCUGAUGAGCUACAUGAGCUCUGGACCGAUGGUGGCAAUGGUGUGGGAGGGUUCUGACGUAGUCAAGACCGCGCGUAAGAUGCUGGGAGAGACGGACCCCGCCGCCUCGCUGCCUGGAACCAUCCGGGGGGAUUUCUGCGUGGAAGUGGGCAGGAACGUGAUCCACGGCAGCGACUCGGUGCCGAGCGCGCGGAGGGAGGUCUCUCUGUGGUUCAAACAGAGCGAGCUCCACUGCUGGGAGGACAGCAGCAGCCACUGGAUCUACAGCUGAGGCUCCGCAGGACCCGCGUGACCUCCGACCUGUGGCCAGACCACGGGCAGGGAUCUCACCGCACCUCAGACACACACACACACAGGGGAGAAGAGACGCGAGCGCUUCCCAUCAUGCAUCUCUCUGAACCACCUCUCCGAGGUGAGAUGUGUCCAAACCAAGUGAGCAAUAACUCCACAGCGUGACAGUGUGCUUCUGUUACAGCUUUUAUUCUAUUCUUUGUAUAGUCCUUGGGUUUAUAGUUAUAGUUGUUCCCCAUGUUUGAGGUUUAAUCGUGGAACCAUGAAGGUUCACUUCUACAGAAAUCUUUAUCCAUGAACAUGUGCAAAGUGUUUAAAUUUCCACAGCAGCGCUUUUUCUGUGUCUUGUUGUGAAAAGUCAUCCAAAUGAAGAUGUUUCUCCUUAUCAGAUCUUCCAAAGACAACAAUUAACAGCAAUCAGCCGACACCUUUAUUGCCUUUCUGCACACAUGUUUCAGUGUACUGUGCUUUUAAAUUAGAAUUGUGUAAGGUGGUAAAAAAAAAACGAUCAGCUCACGUGAGAAUACUUGAAUGUAAAUGUUUCGGCUCAUUUUUCCAAAUUGAAGGACAAACUGCCCUGAAUGAAAUUGACUGAUGUAUUUUGUCGUAUAAAAUUGUGCUUUUCUGAAAUCCCAUGAUGCUGAAUGACUUGUCAAAAACAAUAAAUCUGAAACCCUUGAUGUUGA